AUGGCUCUGUGUGGGUGUCCGAGCCUGAACAGUGGAGUGACGAGGCCUGGUGUGGAUGGUGGAACUGAAGGAGGGCACCUUCCCCGCCACAUCUCUGCCCUCUCCAGGAGGAAUGCAGCUUUCCUGGUGCUUCUCUCUCUCUCUUUGGACCAGACCUCUGCCUCGCUGGCCAACAAAAUCCAAUGGAAACCAGGAACGUGCAUCCAAGAAAGAAUCACCUGUUACUCCAAACAGGCCGACUUGUGCAAAACGGAUUUCAACUGCGAGGAAUCCCUAAAAUGCUGCCUUUUUGGCUGUAGGAGGAGGUGCAUGGAUCCCUAUCAAGAACCCUGCACACUGCCCUUGAGUGAAGGGAAGUGUAGGCUUAAAGUACAGCGCUGGUAUUUUGACGCUGAGGAAUAUGUCUGCAAACCUUUUGUGUAUAAGAGCUGCGAUGGGAAUGCCAACAAUUUCAUGAGACAGAGAGACUGUGAGAAAGCCUGCAUGUCAGUUGUCAAGAAAGGACAGUGCCCACUCUUUCCUUUCUCUGCCCGUAUGGAGUGUCCAGCUUCAUGUAAGAGUGACAUCGAUUGCCCAGAGAAGGAUAAAUGUUGUGACUCCAGGUGUGGUUUUGUUUGUGCCAAGGUCUGGACAGUCAAACCAGGUUUCUGCCCACCCAAGCCCUUGAAAUGUGAGAAGAUUAAUAAGCCCACUUGCCUGAAGGAUGAUGAGUGCCCAUUAACAGAAAAGUGCUGCACAGAUUGUGGACUGAAAUGCAUGGAACCUGAAAAUUGAACAGUGUACACCUUUACUGAGCUGUUCUUGAGUCAGUGUGUAGGUAAGCUCUGCUGCCUCCACAUCUCCACCUGCUCCCAGGGAGACUAAACAACUUCCUACAUCUCAAACUGGGGGAAAAAAUAGAGGACGACAAC